AGAGCUUCAGUCUCACUUGAAUCUUCGGCAUCAAGUGUCGAUCAAGAUAAAUAGUAGUUUAACUGAAUCGUUGAUAAAGAAAGUAGAGAGUGAGGAAAAGUGUUAAGGAUGAGGGGGUUCAAGUGCUUGGUGCCAUUAAUGGCACUUUUACUGAUAAACGGAUCGCUCGCUAAGCCAGGUCUCCUGGGAAAUCUAUUGCAUGGUAAAGGAUCAGGCGGUGGUUCAUUGCUGGACCCAUUGGGUUUGUUUCAUCCGAAAGAUGGUGGGAGUCAUGCGGAGAGCAAGAGUCAAAGUUUAGGGGGAAAUUUAAACCUUGGUCCGGUAGGAUUUUCCGGUUCGGUGGCGUCGUCAUCGGCCUCGGCGACGGCGAACGGAGGAGGGAGUGCGUCGGCGUUGGCGAACGCGAGUGCCAAAUCGGAAGGCGGUGGAUCGUCUUCGGCUACGGCGAACGCGAACGCCCAGGCGGGAGGCUACGGGGGAGGUUACGGGGGUGGGAACGAUGGUUCGUACGGCGGAGGCCAUGGGGGAUCGUUCACGGGAGGCCAGGGAGGCUCUUAUGGCCAGGGUAACGGUGGAAACUAUGGUCAAGGUCACGGAGGCUCGUACGGAUCCGGGAACGAGGGUUCUUACGGGCACGGAAGCGGCGGAUCUUACGGCCAAGGUCAGGGAGGAUCUUACGGCCAAGGUCAGGGAGGAUCUUACGGUCAAGGUCAGGGAGGAUCUUACGGCCAAGGUCAAGGAGGCUCUCAGGGUAAAGGAAUCGGCGGCGGCUACGGCCAGAGUCAAUCCUCGGCGCAAGCUUCGGCUCAGGCGGGAGCCCAGUCUUCGGGGCAAGGAUCAGGAUUCUCUGGAGGCCAAGGUUACGGAUCGUCACAAUCGGCGGCAACCGCCCAAUCCGCAGCUUCUGCCCAAGCCCAGGGCGUCCAGAGAUACCCGGCUGAAGCCUCGAGCUUGUCACAAUCGGCAGCAAGCGCCAGCAGCCUCGCUGACCUGCUUGGAGGCGACAUCAUAGCCAUUGUGCCCGUGGAUGGACCUCCUCAAGGUUCAAAUUCAGGAUCGUACGGUCAAGGUCAAGCUGGAACAUCGUACGGACAAAGCGGCUCAUACGGGAGUGGGUACAACCAAGGUCACCAGGCUCAAGGUCACCCGGAGGGAAUGGUAGUGCCGAUAAUCGUCGUUGAAGACACCACGCCCCAACGUCCUCCAAUGAGAAACCCGCAUAACCACCAUCAUCAUCACAACCGACGUCCCUACCCGCAAAACCAGCCGAAUUAUCGGCCGCCCAGCGGCGGACAACCCGUCGAAAUCAUCGUCAUCGAGGAGACGGUUCCAUCCAAGCCCCAAGGUGGGAACUAUGGCGGCGGUGCUGGUCAUGGUUACAAUUCGGGAUCUUCGGGAAAUUCUGGAUACGGUUGCACUAGUGGAGCCUGCUCCGGCGGCUCCGGGCAGGGCUACAACACCGGGUCUGGCUCCGGUCAGGGCUACAGCACCGGAUCUGGCUCCGGCCAGGGCUACAACACUGGAUCUGGCUCCGGACACGGCAACACUGGACACGGUUACAAUUCCGGUUCUUCUGGUAGCGCUGGUCUUGGUUACAACGCUGGUUCAGGAUCCGGAUCCCAGGGCAACACUCAGGGUGCCUACUCAGGAAAUCCUUUCUUGAAUGGCGGUGCAUCAGCCAGUGCAGGCGCGAGUGCUCAAGCGGGAGCUUCAGCUGGAAGUGGUUCCCAUGGAACUGGCGGUGGUAACCCCUUCCUGGGUGGUGGCGCCCCGGUGAACACUGGUGGAUACAACGCUGGAGGCUACAAACCAACUGGACCGGUCGGCGGUUCAGCUGGUGGACACGGAGGCGGAGGAACUUACUCGGUCAUUGGGAACGAUGCUCCCAAGCCGCUGCAGCCGAUUCCACGACCAAGUGGAUCGGUCGGUGGAGGAUACGGCGGUUCGCAGGGAUCCAGUUACGGCGGAUCACAAAGUUCCAGUUACGGCGGAUCACAGAGCUCUAAUUAUGGCAGUUCAUCAGGAAGCUCCGGAGCUCAUGGAGGCGAGGGAGUGUUCACGGUCAUCGGAGACGAUGCUCCUAAGCCACUGCAGCCGAUUCCACGACCAAGUGGAUCGGUCGGUGGAGGAUACGGCGGUUCCCAAGGAUCCAGUUACGGCGGAUCACAAAGCUCUAAUUAUGGCGGUUCAUCAGGAAGCUCCGGAGCUCAUGGAGGCGAGGGAACGUUCACGGUCAUCGGAGACGAUGCUCCCAAGCCACUGCAGCCGAUUCCACGACCAAGUGGACCAGUCGGUGGAGAAUACGGCGGUUCCCAGGGAUCCGGUUACGGUGGUUCAUCCGGUUCCAAUUAUGGAGGUUACAGCGGCAACAAGGGUUCGGGCUAUGGUGGCUCCCAGACUGGAUCUCAAGGGGGUAGCUAUGGAGGAAACCAGGGUUCUGGUUACGGCGGUUCCCAGUCGGGAGGUUCGGCAGGUAGCAGCGCGGCUGCUAACGCAGCAGCGACUGCCGGGGCGUCGGCACAAGGAGGCGGCUACAACAAGGGUACCGGUGGGUCAACCGGUGGAUCUUACGGUUCCAAACCAUUCCCGAGUACAGUUCCGACUGGGCCGGUAGGAGGAGGUCAGGGAAGUGGGUAUGGUGGUUCUCAGGGAUCGAGCUACGGCGGUUCCCAGGGAUCGAGCUACGGCGGUUCCCAAGGAUCGAGCUACGGCGGUUCCCAGGGUUCGGAUCACGGUGGUUCUCAGGGUUCGAACUACGGCGGUUCUCAGGGUUCCAGCUACGGCGGUUCUCAGGGUUCAGGCUACGGCGGUUCCCAGGGAUCAAACUACGGUGGAUACAAGUCUACCAAAGUACCGACAUCCCCGACCACCGGCGGAUCUGGAUACGGAGGUUCCAGUGGAUUCCAGAACACCGGGAGCAGCGGUUACGGGGGUCCGAAGCCCAUACCAACGAGCAUCCCGACCGGAGGCCACGGUGGCGCUUCCGCCGGUAGUUCGGCGACCGCUUCGGCGAGUGCAACCGCCGGUGCCAACGCCGGAGGUGGAACGCUCGGUCAGAACGGCGACCCGGAAGGGCCUGGAACUUCUUAUCAGCCGCACCUAGCUGGUGGCAGCGGCGGCUACGGCGGUUACGGCGGCGCCGGAGGCAAAGCCGACGCUUCUGCAUCAGCAUCCGCAAACGCCAUAGCGAAUGGUGGCCUCUCCAACGCCAUUGCCGACGCCAAAUCCACUGCAACCGCCGGAGGAUACGGCGGCUCCGCCUCCGCAAUCAGCAACGCUUCCGCCACCGCAGGCGGAAGUGGAGGCGGAAAUGCCGUCGCCAAGGCCAGCAGCAGCGCCACAGCCGGCGGCUCAGGCUACGACGGCGACUUCGAAGCCCGAUCAGCCGCCUCCAGCAAGGCUGGAGCCGUCGUCGACACCCGCGACAUGCUCGUCUUUACCGAUUAAACUUACUAUCGCCGCUGCUACUCUAUUUAUUACUCCGAUCGAAGGAUCUUCUAAAACCAUGACAAACUUCCAUGGGGACCAUCCUCCCCAGAUAAAAUUUAAACAAUAAAAUUCAUCGUUUUUCUUCCGAACGAAAUGAAAUCGAAAAUAUUCGCCGAAUUGCCCAAACGCUUUUCACCCCCCCCCCCCCCCCCCCGCUCCGCGGAACAGGCGCUUCGCUGAAGCUGCUCCUCGACACCUUGACGAAUUUAAGUCGACCUUGAAAUACUCUUGAGCCAUUGUUUAAGGCGUUGCGAUAUUAUCAUCACGGUUUUUUAAUUCCCAUGUUAUUUAUGUCUCGUAAAUAUGUAUAUACACGUUUGUACAGUUUUACGACGUUUUAAUGCUUUUUGGCGAGUUCCCGGUUGCCGUAAAAUUCUCGCUGUUUUACCAUUUGUACAUUGUGUUGAUAAAGAAACGAGGGACGAAUCGAGGCGCUAAAUACUUUUAGAAUUAAAUUGUACUUUUAGGAGCGAAAUAAAUGUUUCCUACGUUUUCGUUAA